GUGGGGUUAUUAUAUUUGAUUUUAGGUUCUUCUUUAAUGGUGUUGUUUUUAAAUAAAAAAGACCAGCUAAUGGCUGUUGUGAAUUUGAUAGCUUUCUGGUCAAUAUAUAGAAUUUCAAUAUGGUCCGGUUCUGGAAUUUCUUGAGAGUCUUAUGGGGAGUAUCUAAUUAAUGAUAUCUUUAGAGCCAGAAUGGUAACACUCACAUUUUGGGUGUGUGGUGUAAGGAUUUUAGCCAGCGGAUCUAUAGGAACAUUGCGAGGGGAUUACAUAAAAUUUGUCUGGCUAAUACUCCUACUUUGUGUUUUAUUAGUGGGCUGCUUCUUAGUGAAUAUGAUGUCUAUUUUUUACGUGUUAUUUGAAAGAACACUAAUCCCGAUAGUGGCAAUCAUUGCUAUUUGGGGGCAACAACCUGAGCGUAUUCCGGCAAUUCGUUAUAUAGGCGCUUAUACAGUCGGGGGUUCUCUUCCUUUGCUUUUUGUGGUUGUUUUUAUGGAGUGUAAGUUGGGGAGGAGAUUUCUCUGAUUUACAACCCCGAAAUUACACAUCGAUUGGUGAUUUUGAGUUAUGUGUUUUUCUGGGUUCUUGGUGAAAUUUCCUGCUUAUCCUUUUCACACUUGACUUCCUAAAGCCCACGUGCAGGCCCCUGUAGGAGGUUCAGUAGUGUUGGCUGGGAUUCUUCUUAAGUUAGGAGGUUACGGGAUUCUCCGAAUAAUGUCUGUAUUUUCCUACAGAUUAGAGAAAUUCGGGUUACUAGUAAUUUCAUUUUCUCUGACGGGUAGAAUUUAUGCAGCUUUAAUGUGUUCGCGACAGAGAGAUGUAAAGAAAAUAAUUGCUUACUCUUCAGUUUCUCAUAUAGCAUUUUGCAUUAUCGGGUUAUUUAGUUGUCUAGAGGUCGGUUUAAUCUCCGCUUUUAUUAUGCUCAUAGGCCAUGGAUUUAUCUCCUCAGGACUUUUUGCUUUGUGUGGUAUAAGAAGAGAGCUAACGCAUACUCGAAACUUAAAAAUAAUAAGAGGUGCUUGUCGUACCACCCCUAUCUUGACUUUUAUGUGGCUUGUUUUUAUCAUAAUAAACUUAGGAGUACCCCCUUGCCCUACUAUUAUUAGUGAAGUUUUAGCCGUAGUGAGAGUAAUCUCUGUGGGCCCAUGAAGGUUUUUGUUUUUAGUUGUUUACUUUUUUGCAAGAGGGGUAUACAGGUUUGCUUUAUACUGCCAGUUGGCUCACGGUCCAGUUCCGGAAGAUGAUAUUGUUAUGUUUGAAGAAGUCACUCCACGGGAUAUGCUUUCCGUCUUAUUUUUGUUUUACCCUUUAGUGGAGUUGUUAUUUAAGUGAGAUUUGUGAAGAAGUUUUUAA